AUGGCCGCCAACUACUGGGCCUCAACCCAGCGUCGUCACUGGCUCUUCUCGCGGGAGAAACUGGCCGAUGUUCGGGAGAGACUCCGGGAACAAGAUAAAGUAACGCAUUCGCAGUUCCCAUUGCCAGACCAGCGACUACUGAAUAUCUACUUCAAUCAGCAACUGAUAAAACUGGGCAAGCGCAUGUCCACCCGCCAACAGGCCAUUGCUACAGCCCAGGUAUACCUGAAACGGUUCUACACCAAGAAUGAGAUCCGCCAGACUAAUCCCUAUCUCGUUCUCACGACUGCAUUCUACCUGGCCUGCAAGAUGGAAGAAUGUCCCCAACACAUCCGCUUCGUGGUGGGUGAGGCCCGCGGUCUAUAUCCCGAGUUCAUCACGCCGGAUGUAGCCAAGCUGGGUGAAUGUGAGUUUGCCUUGAUCUCUGAGAUGAGCUCCCAGCUCAUCGUGCACCACCCUUACCGGACCUUGUCGGAGCUCCAGUCCGAAUUACCCCUCAGCUCGGAUGAGGUUGCCCUAGCGUGGUCAGUUAUCAACGAUCACUAUCUGACGGACCUUCCACUACUACAUCCACCACACAUCAUUGCGAUCAUGGCCAUCAUCGUCGCCGUGGUCUUCAAGCCCUCUAAUCCGGGUACCUUCGGUAACUCAGCACAGUCUGCCCUGGCUGGAGUGAUAAGAGAUGGUGCUGGUAUGGGCAUGCUAGCUGCGCUGUCAGAUAAACCUGGAUCGGGUUCACCUCGCAUCCAGAAGCUAGUCCAAUGGCUCGCGGAGAGUGAAGUGGAUAUCAAGGCGGUCAUCGAGUGUACCCAAGAGCUCCUCUCCCUGUAUGAGGUGUGGGAGCAGUACAGCGAGAAGCAUUGUAAGGAGCUUAUCGGACGCAUGGUCAAGAGCAAGAAACUGGAUAAGUAA